AUGGAAGGGUUGAAGGUCUCCAAACUGAACUUAACAAUAUACAUUCAUCCUUCAAAGAGCAACCAAGUUUCCCAAGCCGUUCUCCGCGAACUCAGCUCCAUGCUCUUCACGUACAGCGAAAUCGCCGACGGCGUCGUUCUGGCCUACGAUAUCAACUCGCUUGACACAUGCGCCAAGAUCCUCCCCGGCGUUUUCCCUUACGUCGGUGUCAAACUCAAGGUCAAUUUCCUGCUCUUUUCUCCCAAGCCAAACACGCUUUUAGAAGGGAAGGUGGUUAAGAUUACGCAAGAGUUCAUUCACGUUGUUGUGCUUGGCUUUUCUGCUGCGGUUAUAGCAGAAAAAGACAUUAGGGAAGAAUUUGUGUGCAAAAUGAAAAAAGGGCAAGAGGUGUAUGCGAGCAGGUCUAACAAGCGGCAUGUGAUAAAGGUCGGGACCAUGAUACGGUUUUCUGUGAAGAGUUUUGAUGAAGAAAUACUUCAUGUUUAUGGAUCUCUGAUUCCCGAUCACACAGGCAGCAUUUAUUGGUUGGACAAGAAUUUGGAAGUAGUUUCCCGUACUGGCAGGAGUGAAAAGAAGAGAAGAAUUGAGCCAGAACGAAUAAUUCUUGAACAAGAUACUGUGGAUGGGGAACUCUCAAACUUGGAUAUUUCCCAAAAGAGAACUAAUUCAAAGAAACAAAAACACAGGCAGGAAUCUUGA